GGAGGGAGGGAGGAGGGAGGAGUUACUCAAGUUUGAACAUAUCAUGUGUGCUGGUGGAAAGUUGCAAGGAAUGUCGAAACUACAGCCUGGCUCGACCUAUGGAGCUCAACAGAGACAUGGCAGUUGUUCCCUGUGCUCAGCAGGCCCCGGGCAAGGCAGAGAUGUAGAUGGCAGCUGCUGUGUUUGAAGGACUCGCACCCAUCUGACCCUGCGCAGCACCUCCGAUCGCUACCAUGAUCUUCUGCAUGCUGCUGCUGGCCUCCCUGCCUGAGCCAGCGGGCGCCGAAGUCAACCCUGCUAUAUGCCGUUACCCUUUGGGUAUGCACGAAGGGACGAUACGAGAUGAAGACAUCACAGCUUCCAGCCAGUGGUAUGAUUCCACAGGGCCCCAGUAUGCAAGGUUACAAAGGGAAGAGGGCGAUGGAGCCUGGUGCCCAGCUGGCUUGCUGCAACCAGAAGAUGUCCAGUUCCUCCAAAUCGACCUGCACAAGCUGUUUUUCAUCACCUUGGUUGGCACUCAGGGACGGCAUGCCCAUGCCACAGGCAAGGAGUUUGCCCGCGCCUACCGCAUCGACUACAGCCGCAACGGCGAGCGCUGGGUCUCCUGGAAGGACCGCCAGGGAGUGAAGGUGAUCCAAGGGAAUGUCGACACUUACGACGUGGUCUUGAAAGAUCUUCGGCCUCCCAUCAUUGCACGUUUUAUCCGGGUGAUGCCUGUGACAAAGGUGCCAAUGACUGUCUGUAUGAGGGUGGAGCUCUAUGGCUGUGUCUGGCAUGAUGGUUUGGCAUCCUAUAGCAUCCCUGAAGGAGGGACAAUAGCGGCUCCUGGCUCCCCCAUCGUUUAUCUGAAUGACUCGACCUAUGAUGGCUACCAGGAGCGCAGGCACUUGUACGGUGGCCUGGGCCAGCUCACGGACGGGGUGCUGGGCCUGGAUGACUUCACCCAGAGCCACCAGUACCGCGUGUGGCCAGGCUAUGACUACGUGGGCUGGAAGAACGAGAGCUUCAGCACGGGCUAUGUUGAAAUGGAGUUCCAGUUUGACCGGCCACGGAACUUCACCUCCAUGAAGGUGCAUUGUAACAACAUGUUUUCCAAGGGGGUGAAGAUCUUCCAGAAGGUGGAGUGUCUGUUCAAACCACGCCUGAUCGCAGACUGGGAGCCUGAGCCUGUUGGGGUGGCAACUGUCUUGGAUGACAAAAACCCCAGCGCCAGGUUUGUGACCGUGCCCCUGAGCCAUCGCGUGGGCAAAGCCAUCCUCUGCCGCUUCCACUUCGCUGACACCUGGAUGAUGAUGAGCGAGAUCUCCUUCCAGUCGGACAUGGAGAGUGUCAAUCCAAGCUUCGUUACAGUCGCCACAAGCACAACAGAUCUGCUGGAAACUGAGUACAAUGUUACCGAGGGGACCUGGGAAACCACAUCUUCUGUGACCAGCACCUGGAUAGGAGAGAAAGCAGAUGACUCCAGCACCUCCAUCCUUGUGGGCUGCCUUGUGGCUAUUAUUCUCCUGCUCCUGAUGAUUAUAAUCAUUAUUCUUUGGAAGCAAUAUGUUCAAAAAAGGUUGGAAAAGGCCCCACGUCGAAUCCUGGAGGAGGACGCCACAGUUCGCCUCUCCUUCUACAGCUACACCAUUGCCAACAACCAGACCCAGAUUCACCAGUCAAAUCCCACCUAUGAACGUGCUUUCCCACUGGAUUUGGAAUAUCACCAGCCAGCUACGCUGCUCCAAAAGCUUCCAGAGCUCUCCCAGAGUGCAGAGGAUUCGGUGUGCAGUGGGGACUACGCUGAGCCUGACCUGACCAAGUCCACUCCUCACCAAGGCUUUCAGAACAGUGUUCCUCACUAUGCCGAGACAGAUAUUGUCCAUCUGCAGGGUGUAACUGGCAACAACAUGUAUGCUGUGCCUGCCCUCACCGUGGACUCCCUUACCAAGAAGGACAUCUCCGUGGGUGAAUUCCCACGGCAGCAGCUGCGGCUCAAGGAGAAGCUGGGAGAAGGGCAGUUUGGAGAGGUGCACCUCUGUGAAGCCGAUGGCCUGCUGGAAUUCUUGGGAGUCUCCUCUACAGAAUUCACUCACCAGCCCAUUCUUGUGGCAGUGAAAAUGCUGAGAUCAGAUGUCAACAAAACAGCCAGAAAUGAUUUCCUGAAGGAGAUCAAGAUCAUGUCACGGCUCAAGAACCCAAAUAUCAUCCGGCUCCUGGGGGUGUGUGUGCGUGAUGACCCCCUGUGCAUGAUAACAGAGUACAUGGAAAACGGAGACCUCAAUCAGUUCCUGUCACAGAGGGAGAUCUACAGCAAAUUUGCCAUUUCAAACAACAUUCCCUGUGUCAGCUACUCCAACCUGCUGUACAUGGCCACCCAGAUCGCCUCCGGAAUGAAGUAUUUGGCAUCUCUGAAUUUUGUGCACAGAGACCUGGCAACUCGCAACUGCCUGGUGGGGAACAACUACACCAUCAAGAUUGCAGACUUUGGCAUGAGCAGGAAUCUCUACAGUGGGGAUUACUACCGGAUCCAGGGAAGAGCUGUACUGCCCAUCCGUUGGAUGGCCUGGGAAAGCAUCCUCCUGGGCAAGUUCACCACAGCCAGUGAUGUCUGGGCCUUUGGGGUCACCCUCUGGGAGAUGUUCAUACUGUGUAAGGAGCAACCUUACAGCCUCCUCUCGGAUGAGCAAGUCAUCGAGAACACAGGAGAGUUCUUCCGGAGCCAGGGCAGGCAGCUGUCACGAUGCUUAGAAAGCCUCAUGGGUUGUCUACGAUCUAUCUCUCCCAGACUCCUCUGUGCCCUAACCCUGUGUUUGACCUGAUGUUGAAAUGUUGGAGCAGGGAUAUAAAAGAUCGUCCCACUUUUGACAUGAUUCACCACUUCCUGCUAGAGCAAAUGGAAUCAAACAUUUGACUCCAGGAAAAAGAGACAAACUGUUGAGAACAGAGUGACUUUGGUGCCUCUCUGCCUGUACCUCACAGAAGAUGGUCAGGCCACCUUGCUCUCCUUCCUUGACUGAACCGUAUUUAAGUUGAGACGUCCAUGGCAGCUGCUCAUUCUAUUGGCCAUGGUCUGACACACAAGACCAGAGGAUCUCAUUUGGUUGAAAAAUCAUCUCCUCUUCUGAAUCGUUUCCUGGGAAUACUGUGAGAGGGGUUUUCUUGGAUACCCACACACCUUUGGGCAACGUAGAUGAGUAAAACCUUGAGGAACGUGGAGCUUUCUCCUGGGUGGAGCAGAAGCUGCCAGUCGGUGAGAGCACUGCCACUCACAAACAGUUGUAUUUCUACAAGUAAAGACUUCAGUCUUCUAAAACUAUUCCAUUAAAUCAAAUGGAAGUCUUGUGCACAUUAGCAAGUGUUUCUGUAUGCUCUUGCUACAGACAAUAUGUAUAGUGAGAGACUAGAAACGUUUAGAGCUAGGAAAUGCUUUUAUGGACUUGAACUGACGGAGCAUUUAGCAACCCUUUGGAAGUAACGCUGCCAGGGUGUACAGAGGAUGCUGAUCCCAGAGUCCAAGCUGAUGUUCUUUUUUCCUGUGGUUGUUAAGCACUGCUUUUGUUCUAUAUGUGCGUUUUCCCCACACUGGAUUUUGUUUGUUUUCUAGAUAAAUAACUUUGAAAAUGAAUGUUAAAGGUUGUAGGAAGAUCGUGGCGGUGGAAGAUCUUCUUCUGACCUACAGAUUAAGGCUAGGCUAGGGAGUUUGUAUUGAAACGUAGCUGAUACUGUACUACUGUCACUAUGUAGAUUCAUUAGCCUAAUGAACUUGUAGCCACAAUGGA